AUGCCUGCCGUCUUCGUCUGUCCGCGACUCGCAAUGAACCCCUGCACUGCGCUCGCAAUCGAUGCGAACAUUAGAGCCCUCAACAUCGGUCCUUUCCUUAGUAGCUCAUCAGUACCUGCGGCUCAUGGAAUACCACAUACAGACAGCCGCAAACAAGCACGAUGCCGUCACUUGCCCACCCUGUCGCUGACCACCUGGGACCCUGGUCAUACCGUUGAGCUUUCACUAGAGCAUACGAACCUUUGUGCCGCUGACCACACUAUCUAUCCGCCUCCCCUGACCUGGCCAGCCGUGCUCGGGUCAUAUGCAACUGCAGGGAUGUACUUCACCUACACCAAUGCGAAGAUGACUCGGCCCGUCUGUGGCGACCCUUCCCGCGAGGGAUGA